UGUAGUUCUACAAGUACUUGAGCAGUGGGUGUGUAGACCUAUUUUGUCUGUCAACAUCUAGUCUUGGAAAUCCCAGACCUAUUUCAACAGCACUAAGUAUGCAUGUAUGCAGCACUUUGUAUGUCGAAACAUUACCAUUAAGCGUAAUGACUUUUAUACGUAUUUUCCGGACGUUGACAUCAAGUGUGUCUCAGGUGCUGAAUGAAAGGUUAGAAGACACAUUUUCUGGAAGUCGUAAAUAUGUCUUAUAUGGACAUACAAAAUGAACUAUUUUCUGUACAUUGAAAAUAUUUAUUUUCCGGAUAUUGAAAAUACGUAUAUUUCAGUCAUUGAUUGUAUGGCCAAAUUUCAACUGCUAUACAUUCUCAAUGAAGUAAGCAUUAUAUCACAAGCAUACUUUUUCACGCCUCUUAAUAUGAAAUAAUAGCCAACUGAAGAUUGCAACAAAAUAUUUGUUAUUUCUCCUAUUACAUGCACUUAUGCUAGAUUUUUGAAUUGCUUUGAAACUAGCAGCAAUGAUGUUCAAAAUACUUUUAACGUACAGAAUAAACCAGCAGACCACUUCAACUACAAUAACUGUCACAGAUAAUAUUUGUUUUUGACUGUGAUAUGGUGUGGUUUAUCUACCUAAGUUGAAUGCAUUGACUUUAAGUCACUCUGGAUAAAAGUGUCUGCCAAUGUAAAUGUAAAAACAAACACUUGCAAAGCAUGCUGGGUAUUAUUCUAAUGAGCUCGGCCUCAAAACAAGUACAAAUUUGGUCGGUGCAGACCAUAUCCAAAUCUGUCCGAAUCAUAGAAGUCUAGGCUGUUUCACAAGUUUGAACAUCACGUCACAGUUUAGUACAGUAGAGCACAGUAUAACACAGAAGAGUACAGUACAGUAUGGUACAGUACAGUUUAAUUCAUUAGAGUACAGUAAAGUACAGUACGGUAGGGUACAGAAUAGUUUAAUUUAGAGUAUAGUGCAGUACAGUACUGUACAGUAGAGUUUAAUUCAGUAGAGGAGUAUAGUUUAAUUCAGUAGAGUACAGUUCAGUAGAGUACUUUAAAGUUAAGUAGGGUACAAUAAAGUACACUAUACUUUACUGUACUCUAGUGUGCGCUACUGUAUUGUACUGUACUUUUCUUUACUCUAAUGUGUACUGUAAUGUACUCUGCUGUGCUGUACUGUACUGUAUUUUGCUGUACUGUGCUGUCCAAACUUGCAAAACCUAGAUGUCAAUGAUUGUUUUAGAUUUGGUCCGGUUCGGACCAAUGUUCGGUUAACAUUUUUUUUAUCACUGAGCAAAUUUCGGGGCUGAGGAGUGCAAACUUGAAAGUUGUGAAAAUUCAAUGCAACUUCCGGCGUGCGUUUACUGUGAACACUGAGGCUGUACCCACUUUAAGUUAGUUUUAACAGUGGUCAUGUAGGCUACUGUGGAUAUUUGAUCAUAACGUAGGCCUACCAUAGUGGCCUAUCAACAAAAGCAAUGGAGAAAAUGCAUCCCAUAACAUUUUAACAUGGAAAUAGCUGUUCUAUCGUUCAGCCUACAGUAGCAGCCAAUGUGUGGUGUUCAACGUAGGCCUACAUUCCAUGAGACUUUUUGAAGAAAAACAUGCAGGGCUUGACAUUAACCUGUUUAUCCACUUGUCCUUCAGACAAGGACGUGACUGAAAAUAUUGUGUUGUUUGAUGCAAGAAACCACUUUACAAAAUAAAAUUCCUCAUUAGUUCCAUACCAUUAUUAAAGAGAAUCAGACAAAUGAUGCUACCCUCUGCCUAUUGGCUACUUAGCUUAUUCACGCAUGUCUCAAUAGACAACACUUCCUCUUUAAGACAAAAAAAAAUAUCUUUACCAAAGAUGUCUAGAAAUGACACAUUUUGUGCUCUUGUAAGAAGCAAUCACUCCCCCAUUGCUGACUACAAAUGAUCCAUACCUGGGCUAAUAACUCACUAACUAGCAAAGGUUAUGAGGAAAUGUACAAAUGUGCACACAUCGCUACAUGUAGCUCUCACUUUGAUCUCAAAACAAGCGCAUCUACUCACAACCACUCAUGCUGUAAAAACAGUCCAGUUCAAAGUGAAUGGCACAGAUCCAUACAGUGCAUUCAAUAUGUAUUCAGACCCCUUCCCUUGUUACAUUGCAGCCUUAUUCUAAAAUGGAUCAAAUAAUUUUUCCCCCUCAUCAAUCUACACACAAUACCCCAUAAUGACAAAGCAAAAACACGUUUUUAGAAAUGUUUUGUUAAUUUAUAAUAAUAAAAAAACAUUUUAAAAAUACCUUAUUUUCAUAAGUAUUCAGACCCUUUGCUAUGAGACUCGAAAUUGACCUCAGGUGCAUCCUGUUUCCAUUGAUCAUUCUUGAGCUGUUUCUGCAACUUGUUUGGAGUCCACCUGUGGUAAAUUAAAUUGAUUGGACAUGAUUUGGAAAGGCACACACCUGUCUAUAUAAGGUCCCACGGUGAACAGUGCAUGUCAGAGCAAAAACCAAGCCAUGAGGUCGAAGGAAUUGUCCGUAGACCCCAAAUGUAUGCCGGACCGGAUGUCUGUGGACGUCUCGGAACGUCUAUGAUUGGUUCAAAUCAAUGUCCUUGGGUUAUUGAUGCGGGAGGCAACCUGUCUGCAUUGGUGGAAAAAGUAGUCAAUUGUCAUAAUUGAGCAAAAGUAAAUGCUAUUCAUCAAAUUAAUAUAAAUUAAUAUAAUAUAAUAUAAUAAUAUAUAUAAAUUCAUUAUAUCAAGCAAACCAGAUGGCACAAUUUCCUUUUUUACAUUUCUAUUUAUUUAUAGACAGACAGGGUCAGUAUUUGUGUUUAGUAAGUCCUCCAGAUCAGAGGCAGUAGGGAUGACAACACGUUAUAUUGAUAGGUUUGUGAAUUGGACCAUAAUUAUGUCCUGCCUGAGCAUUCAAAAUGUAACAAGUACUUUUUGGUGUCAGGGAAAUGUACGGGUAUACAUAUCCCCAUUCGCCGACGCCACUGGGAUCCACUGGGAUCCGACACAUAACGAAAAAUACUUUACAAUUUAUAUACACUACCAUUCCAGAGUUUGGGAUCACUUAGAAAUGUCCUUGUUUUUGAAAAAAAAUUACAUUUUUUGUCCUUUAAAAGAACAUCAAAUUGAUCCGAAAUACAGUAUAGACAUUGUUAAUGUUGUAAAUGACUAAUGUAGCUGGCAACGGCUCAUUCUUUAUGGAAUAUCUACAUAGGAGUACAGAGUCCCAUUAUCAGCAACCGUCACUCCUUUGUUCCAAUGCCACAUUGUUAGCUAGUCCAAGUUUAUAAUUUUAAAUGGCUAAUUGAUGAUUAGACAACGCUUUUGCAAUUAUGUUACCACAGCUGAAAUCUGUCAGUCUGAUUAAAGAAGCAAUAAAACUGGCCUUUAGACUAGUUGAGUAUCUGCAGCAUCAGCAUUUGUGGGUUCGAUUACAGGCUCAAAAUGGCCAGGAAGAAAUAAUUUCCUUCUGAAACUCGUCAGUCUAUUCUUGUUCUGAGAAAUGAAGGCUAUUCCAUGCGAGAAAUUGUCAAGACACUGAAGAUUACAUACAACGAUGUGUACUACUCCCUUCACAGAACAGCGCAAACAGGCUCUAACCAGCAUAGAAAGAGGAGUGGGAGGCCCCAGUGCACAAUUGAGCAAGAGGACAACUACAUUAUAGUGUCUAGUUUGAGAAACAGACGCCUCACAAGUCCUCAACUGGCAGCUUCAUUAAAUAGUACCUUCAAAACACCAGUCUCAACAUCAACAGUGAAGAGAGCAACAAAAAUGAGAAGGUUGUCUCGUUUGCUUGAGUCAACAGCUUUACUUGUGAUGAGCAUUCUGUGCUUGGUCAUAAUUUUUAUUAAAGAGGACAUUCGUCCUAAAAAACCCUCAAACCAUUUCCAGAUAAACAGGAGGGAAUCAACGUAUCAAAACAGACCUCGGAAACCAACCAGUGAGAGCGCAGGUGUUUCUACCUGGGGCCAUUGUGAACGGAAUGAGUCUGCGGCCAAUGUGUCAGGGUUUUCCUCUCUGCCAGUUCACAUCCAAGACUUCCUUUUCUAUCGUCACUGCCGCCACUUCCCAAUGCUGCUGGAUGUACCUGAUAAAUGUGGAGGCCCUCACAAGUCUGCUGACGUCUUUCUUCUGCUGGUCAUAAAAAGCUCACCUGCGAAUUAUGACCGCCGUGAGGUACUACGGAAAACCUGGGCCAAGGAGAGACUGCAGAAUGGAGUCUGGAUUCACAGGAUUUUUCUCUCGGGAACAACAGGCACAGGCUUUGAGAAGCGCAAGCUAAAUAAGCUUCUACGACUGGAGAACCGUGAGCAUAAUGACAUCUUGCAGUGGGACUUCAACGACUCCUUCUUCAACCUCACCCUGAAGCAGAUUUUGUUCUUAGAAUGGAUGGACAAGAACUGCCGCCAGGCCCGAUUUCUCCUCAACGGUGACGAUGAUAUCUUCGCCAACACAGAUAACAUGGUGGACUACCUUCAGAGUCUAAAAGACAAUGAUGGUGACAAGCACCUUUUUGCAGGUCAUCUAAUCCGCUAUGUAGGACCCAUUAGAGAGUCAGGGAGCAAAUACUAUGUCCCAGUCCAGGUUCAAGAGUCAGACUCAUAUCCCCCUUACUGUGGGGGAGGGGGCUUCCUGCUCUCUGGAAACACAGCUAUGGUCAUUUACAAAAUGACCCAUACCAUUCCCAUUUUGCCAAUUGAUGAUGUUUACAUGGGAAUGUGUCUGGAAAAGGCUAGUCUUGGGCCAGAGUCCCAUUUCGGAGUCAGGACUGCUGGACUUCAUGUCCCCUCCCAAAACGUGGACACUUACGAUCCUUGUUAUUACAGGGAAAUAAUUUUAGUACACAGAUUUCUGCCUCAUCAGAUAUAUAUUAUGUGGCACGGAAUACAUGAACCUAACUUGAGAUGUAGUAAUUCGCAAGGUUCUCUUUAGCCAUCUGUCCUGUUGAAAUCAGUUGCCUGUUGAGGUUUGUUUUUCCAGUCUUUUUUUUCCAAACAUGUGUGAUGUCUGAAAGUUGUUUUUGUUGUUGUAAAUACAGACUAAUUUUAAGAUGUAAAUUAUGGGAUUGAUUGCUUCUUCUGUGUAUGUACAUAGAAAUGAUCAAAGUUUAUAUAAUGUAUUGUUUUAAGUCAGUAUCACUUCUUUCUAUUUAAUAAAUGAAAACAUGCAUAUUAAAAAAUAUAUAUGAUAUUGAUUCUAUAUCAAACGCUAAUAAAAUAAAAUGCAUCUUUGAUUUUUGCCAUGUGUAUGGCUCUAGCUCAUUUUGGCGAUUGUUGUUAAGUAAUUGAGGUAAAUAUUAUUGAGUAUAUGUAUAUGUUUAUAAAGUAUAUGUUUUUAUUGUUCAUAAACCCACCGGACCACAAAUAAGCCAUAUUUCACAAUAAUUUCCACUGCAGAUCACCAUAAACAAUGGAUUUCAUGAAUUCAUAUUUUAUUUAACCAGGCAAGUCAGUUCUUAUUUACAAUGACAGCCUACCCCAGCCAAACCCAGAUGACGCUGGGAAAAUUAUGCGCUGCCCUAUAGGACUCCCAAUCAAGGCAGGAUGUGAUACCCCUGCGCCACUCGGGAGCCUACUCAGAAUCUGUCAUCCUUUUCUCUUCAGUACUUCAGCUGUAGCCACACAUUUUAACAUUUAUAGUAUGAAAGUAAUACUAUUAUUACAUAAACCAAGUAGAGACAUGGGAUGGCAGGUAACCUUGUGGUUAGAGCAUUGGGCCAGUAAACGAAAGGUUGCUGGAUUGAAUCCCUGAGCUGACGAGGUAAGAAUCUGUUGUUCUGCCCCUGAACAAGGCAGUUAACCCACUGUUCCGCGGUAGGCUGUCAUUGUAAAUAAGAAUCUGUUCUUAACGGACUUGCCUAGUUAAAUAAAACAACUUUUGGAAGCAUACAAACAACAUUCUGUUAUUACAAGUGCCUGAUACUGUAUUGGCAAAGGGGGAUACUUAGUCAUUUGUUCAACUGAAAUGUGUCUUCCACAUUUAUCCCAACCCCUCUGAAUCAGAGAGGUGCAGGAGGCUGCCUUAAUCGACAGUGCCCGGGGAAGUGGGUUAACUGUCAUUCUGCUCAGGGGUAGAACGACAGAUUUUUGUCAGCACGGGGAUUUGAUUCAGCAACCUUUUGGUUACUGGCCCAACACUCUAACCACUAGGCUACAUACUGUACCUCCCCAUAUUGAGAAUAGAAUAAGUGUAGUAUAAGUGUAGAAAGGGAACUGACGUACAGUAGGCGGUAUCUUUUCAACGGACACAAGUUUUGUAUUUCUGUGGAUGUUUGGACAAUGAUGGAUCUAUCUAUAUUUGACAGCUGGCAUUAUUAUUAAAGUAAACGAUUCACAACA